CGCUGCGCCCAGGAAGCGGAAGUGAAGCUUCCAGGCUUACAGAGUCGGUGUGUCACUCGGCUUUCCUGAAAUCUAGGAAAGUCGUUUUCGCUUCACUUUCCCUGGCUUUCGAGCGCUUACCCUCUGGCGGGUGGGAGUGCAGAGACUGAAGCGCAAGAUGAGCACCAUGUUCGCAGACACGCUGCUCAUCGUGUUUAUCUCCGUGUGCACGGCUCUGCUCGCCGAGGGUAUAACCUGGGUCCUGGUUUACAGGACAGACAAGUACAAGAGACUGAAGGCAGAAGUGGAAAAACAGAGCAAAAAAUUGGAAAAGAAGAAGGAAACAAUAACGGAGUCAGCUGGUCGACAACAAAAAAAGAAAAUCGAGCGGCAAGAAGAGAAACUGAAGAAUAAUAACAGGGAUCUAUCAAUGGUUCGAAUGAAAUCCAUGUUUGCAAUUGGCUUUUGUUUUACUGCCCUAAUGGGAAUGUUUAAUUCUAUAUUUGAUGGUAGAGUGGUGGCAAAGCUCCCUUUCACCCCCCUUUCCUACAUCCAAGGACUGUCUCAUCGAAAUCUGCUGGGGGACGAUACCACAGACUGUUCCUUCAUCUUCCUGUAUAUUCUCUGUACCAUGUCAAUUCGACAGAACAUCCAGAAGAUCCUUGGCCUUGCCCCUUCACGAGCCGCCACCAAGCAGGCAGGUGGAUUUCUUGGCCCUCCACCUCCUUCUGGGAAGUUCUCUUGAAUUUAAGAAGAACCCUAUAAUUCCUGUCAUUCUUUUUAGACACUCAAAUCAGACCGGCAACUAUUUUGUAGCAAGAGCCAUAGGCAGCCUUAGCACUUGGGCCACUUUCUAAUUUUGAGUUAUUUCUAGGUUUUUUUGGAUAUGAUUCCCAUGAGAAUGGUACUCAACAAACAUGAUAGUGCUUUUGGUCACAGAUUAAUUUUUUUUAAACAAGUGUUUUGAUUAGAUAAGCACAGGUGAUGUUUAUGUAAUGAGAAAUGAAUUCUUACUUUGCUUACACAAAUAUUUCGUGGGAUCAGCUUUCAAGUAUGUGCUGUGUGCCAUGUACCAUGGAAGUUGUCUCUCUAUGAGCAUUUAGAGAUCUGGAGGAAAAAUUUAGUUUAUGUAACUCUUAUUUGGAACUAUUUGUUGUGUGUUUUCUUCAACCCAAAUAUAUGACCUGAGAUCAAUAAAAGAGGCCAAAAUUUUAGCUAUUUCAUCUACAA